AUGUUUAUAGUCACCAAGGUAGUGGAUACGCUUCGUAUCUCCCCCAACAUGCUAUCGAUUCCCUCCUUGACGGCAAUUCAUUCCGAAAUGGACCGUCGGUAUCCCAACCGAGUUUUGAUGGAUGUGGGGUUGGUGAUUUGUCGGUAUGGGGAUUGCUUGAAGAUUGGGGAUGGCAUUUGCGUCAAUGGGGAUGGUGGGGCACAUCACGAGUGUUUGGUCAAAUUGGUUAUUUUUCGACCCUUUGUAGACGAAGUCUGUACCGGUCGCAUCAAGAAGAGCACUCCUGAAGGCAUUCAAGUGAGUUUGGGAUUCUUUGAGGACAUUCACAUUCCAGCUUAUUGGAUGUUACGGCCCAGUCAAUUCGAAGCUCGAACGGGUCUGUGGGUCUGGAUGGACGAUGAUGAACGCUACGAAAUGGAAAUUGGAUCGGAAAUCCGAUUCAAAAUCAAGACCAUCAAUUUCACGCAAAUCACCAAUACGGCCAAGGGAAUGCAGGCCACCACCACUACCACCACAGCGCAAGCUCCUAUUACCAAUCCUGGUGACAUGAUGAGAUCCAGUAGUAACGAUGGAAGUGGCAGUGGCGGUGGUGCAAAUAUCAAGGCAGAAUCUUCUCAACAACCGGUUCGGAAACGUAGUCUUUCGGUGGAUUUGUCCGAAUCCCAAAACAUGCCUGCCACCAUGCAUGUUGUGGCUUCCAUUUGUGAGGAUGGAUUGGGUUUGACCAGUUGGUGGGAAGCGCAGGAAGAAGAAGAAGAAGAGGAGGAAGAAGAAGAACGAGAGGAAGAGGGAGCAACUAAUGAAGAAGAUGUCAUGGAAGAAGAGUAA